AUGCUUUUCUUUCUUUCUCUAUUUCUUUUUUCUCUCUUUCUUUCUUUCCUAUUAUUUUAUAACAUUGCUUCUUUCUUUCUCUUUCUUUCUUUUUUUUUUGCUUGUUUGUUUGUUUGUUUGCUUGUUUCUUUCUUUCUUUCUUUCUUAAUAUUUCAAUUUUCCUCUACCUAUCCCAUAACUGCAUUAAUUCUUUCUUUCUUUCUUACUUUCUUUCUUUCUUUCUUUCUUUCUUUCUUUAUUUAUUUAUUUAUUUAUUUUUUUUUAUACUUACAAAUCUCUUUCUAUUUUCCUUUAUUUUUUAAUGUCUAUCAACUUCUUCUUUCCUCUCUCUUUCUUUUCUCUUUCUUUCUUUCUUUCUUUCUUUCUUUCUUAAUAUUUCACUUCUACUCUUCCUAUCAACUAUUUGUCAUUGUUCCAAAUGAUUUUCUUUCAUUCUCUCUUUCUUUCCUCUCUCCUUCUUUUUUUUUUCUUUCUUUCUUUCUUUCUUUCUUUCUUAAUAUUUCCCUUCUACUCUUCCUAUCAACUAUUUACUUUCUUCUUCCUUCCACUACAUAUUCUUUCUUGCUUUCUUUCAUAACUUUUACCUUGUUCUCUGAAAGUUCCUACUUCCUUAUUUUUUCUGUCCGCUCUUUCUUCAAUUUACCAUAUCCUCGGAUUUCCUCAUUUUCUAAGCAAAUAUCCUUCCUUCUACUCACAAAAUAUUGCAACCAGGGAACAGACCAUUAUGCCCAGGGACAUCUAAAUAUCCUCACUUUUAAUAAUGUUAUUUUCUUCUUCUUCUUCUUCUUCUUCUUCUUCUUAGUAUUUCAAUAUUUUUUUCUCUCGGUAAUUUUUUCCUCUUUCUUUUUCUUCUUUCAUUUUUCUUCUUUUUCGUCAUUGUCUUUUCUUCUUCUUCUUCUUCUUCUUCUCCUCCUCCUCCUGCUCCUCCUUCUUCUUCUUCUCCUACUUCUUCUUCUUAGUUUUUCAAUAUUAUUUUCUCUCGGUAAUUAUUUCCUCUUUCUUUUUCUCCUUUCAUUUUUCUUCUUCUUCUCCUCCUUUUUCUUCUUCUUCUUUUUCUUCUAA